UUGAAACAAAGAGAGUUUAGUUUAAUGUUUUGAGCACACAGGAAAGCACUUUAUUUCUCAACUUUUUUUUUCAGACAAUCAGGAAUGGUUGAAGAAAAUCACACCAUGAAACAUGAGUUUAUCCUUACUGGAUUUACAGACCAUCCAGAAAUGAAGGCCCUUCUGUUUGUGGUAUUCUUUGUCACCUAUCUGAUCACCAUGGUAGGGAAUAUGGGCCUGAUGAUUCUGAUUUCCAAAGAACGUUCUCUGCACACACCAAUGUACAUCUUUCUUGGCAACCUGGCUCUGGUGGAUUCUUGCUGUGCCUGUGCUAUUACUCCUAAAAUGUUGGCGAACUUUUUUUCCCAGAACAGAACAAUCUCUCUGUAUGAAUGCAUGGCACAGUUUUAUUUUCUUUGCACUGUUGAAACUGCAGACUGCUUUCUUCUGGCAGCAAUGGCCUAUGACCGCUAUGUGGCCAUAUGCAACCCUCUGCAGUACCACACCAUGAUGUCCAAGAAGCUCUGCCUUCAUAUGACCACAGGAGCCUUCAUAGCUGGAAAUCUGCAUUCCAUGAUCCAUGUGGGGCUGCUAUUUAGACUGGCAUUCUGUGGUUCUAAUCAUAUCAACCACUUUUAUUGUGACAUCCUUCCUUUGUACAGACUCUCCUGCAUUGACCCCUAUGUCAAUGAGCUGGUGCUGUUUGUCUUUUCAGGUUCAAUUCAAGUCUUCACAAUAGGUAGCGUCCUCAUAUCUUACCUUUACAUUGUUUUCACAAUUUUCCAAAUGAAAUCCAAAGAGGGGAGGAUCAAAGCCUUCUCCACCUGUGCAUCUCACUUUUUGUCUGUUUCAUUAUUCUAUGGAUCUCUUUUCUUCAUGUACAUUAGGCCAAAUUUGCUAGAAGAAGGAGAUAAGGAUAUACCAGCUGCUAUUUUGUUUACAAUAGUGGUUCCCUUACUAAACCCUUUCAUUUAUAGCUUGAGAAAUAAAGAAGUAAAGAAUGUCUUGAAAAAAAUUCUGAUGAAAAAAAUAAUCUCAAGAAAUUUUAAACAAGCAUCUGCUAUAGCUUAAAGAUUUGAAUCAGCAGAAACUUCACCAGAAAUUCCACAGGGGAAAUGCUUGUAAAUUGUAGACAAAAUGUUAAAGUAUCAUAAUGCUAUCAAAUUAA